UUAGAAUCAGUGGACUUGUUCCUUAUACCAUUUGAUGUAGAAAUUUUAAUUUGGUAAUUUAUUAAGUAUUUUUUGUCUAUAAAGUUAAGUUUUUUUGUUUUGCUUUGAAAGGUGCAUUGUGAGACCGUUACUGAUGGGAGUGCCAGUGACACUCUGGAGCCAUGGAAAUUUAAAGUUUCAUAUGACAAGUUGGUCAUUGCAUCCGGAGCAGAGGCCUCGACCUUUGGUAUACUUGGUGUAAGAGAGCAUGCGGUCUUUCUCCGUGAGGUUCACCAUGCUCAAGAGAUUCGGAGGAAGCUCCUUCUCAAUCUGAUGCUGUCUGAUGUGCCCGGCAUAUCAGAAGAAGAAAAGAGGAGACUGUUGCACUGUGUUGUUAUUGGAGGUGGUCCAACCGGUGUUGAGUUCAGUGGUGAAAUUAGUGAUUUCAUCAUUGGAGAUGUUCAUCAACGUUACUCCCAUGUUAAAGACUAUAUCUGUGUGACCCUAAUUGAGGCAAAUGAAAUUUUAUCAUCUUUCGAUGUUCGACUCAGAACAUAUGCUACAAAACAACUCACUAAGGUGUUGAUUCCGAUACCAAAACCUACUGGUUUCACUGGUGCCGAUCCUUACAAGAUAUCUUCCAGAAGUUUGCUAAAUUAUAUAACAAUGCCUUUGAGAAAAUCAAGAUCGAGUGCUAUUGAGAAAGCCUUGUCUCCUGAAGAACAGCAAGCAAAGCAUGCUGGCCAAGGGUUUUGUCCUGAGCAAGGAUGCCCUCAAGAGAGCCAGGUCCUUUGACGAACGGCACCAUUUUAUGUCCGGCGCCUCAGCUAUGGCUUUAGUCCCCUGGAGGAUCUCACUGGAAUUAUUGGGCAAUCAUCAUCCUCUUCUACCUCUACAAGUCAAGCUCCAGAGCUGUACUCGCGUGAAGACCUUCUAGGUAUUUUUGAGCACUAAAA